AGAAGUUAAUCAAUUCUAAAAUUGCAGUUUAGCGUUAUAUUCUUUAACUAUUAAUAAUUAUGAAAGUUUGAGCUUUUUCGACUAACCACAAAGAUAUCGGUGUUUUAUAUUUUAUUUUUGGUGUUUGAAGAGGGUUAAUUGGAACUUCUUUUAGUAUAAUUAUUCGCUCUGAACUUAUAAAUGUUGGAUCUUUUAUAUCAAAUGAACAUUUAUAUAACGUUGUUGUAACUUCUCAUGCUUUUAUUAUGAUUUUUUUUAUAACGAUACCAUUAGUUAUUGGUGGUUUUGGGAAUUGACUUAUUCCAUUGAUAAUUGGUGCUCCUGAUAUAGCUUUUCCUCGUAUAAAUAACUUAAGGUUUUGGCUUCUAGUUCCCUCAUUAAUUUUUAUAUUGGUUAGAAUAAUUAUUAGGACAGGAGCCGGUACCGGCUGAACUGUUUAUCCUCCCCUGUCUGCAGCGCGACGACUUUGAGGUUAGGUUCGUUUCAGAUCCAGAUCCUAGAAAUUGACUUUUUACGUGAACGUGAUUGUGUUGAUUUUGGUGUCAUUUUCAAUAUUUUUUUCGUCAAAUUUGUGCUAAAUUUCUCUUACUUUUCCUGCAUGACGGAUCAGCAUGACAUGAAAGUCGAAAUUCAUCCCUGCAUGUUCUCAGAAAAUCCACAUUUUUGGUCUCUUAGCCCAACCUUUGCAAUGUAAACAAGCAGCCCCUUUCUCAAUUGACUUUUUGGCUCAACCCUCCGAUUUGAAUAAAAUUCCAUCAUGAAUGAGGGGGAGAGGAAGUUAAACUUUAAACUUAGUAAGAGGAUGAAGCUUACAGAUGAAGAAGACCUACAAAAUUAUUCAAAGGAGGAACUAUUCACUAAGAUAAGGCAGCUUGAGGCACAUGUUUUCCAGCUUAAGAAUAUUAUCGCCAAGCAGAAUGAUGGAAAAGCUAAGAAGAAGAUUUUCAUCAACAAGAAAGAGAAAAGAAAUUUUGACUUUUCAAAAUGUAAGAAAAGACACAUACUAUUGAAAUUCUUGUACCUUGGAUGGGAUUACCUUGGUUUUGCAGAACAAGAAAACAGUAAUGAAACUAUCGAGCACCAUGUUUUUGAGGCUCUAAAAACUUGUUGUCUAAUCGAGAGCCGGCAGACUUGUAACUAUCAUCGCUGUGGUCGCACCGAUAAAGGUGUCAGCUCAUUCAGUCAGGUGAUCUCAUUAACAAUCAGGAGUGAGAAAGCGGAGGAUGGAGAUGAAAGCACUGAAUUACCAUAUUGUAAAAUGUUGAAUCGUUUAUUGCCUGACAAUAUUCGAUUUAUAUCAUGGUGUCCUGUCCCAGAAAAUUUUAGUGCAAGAUUUGACUGCAACUCCAGGACGUACAAGUAUUGGUUUCCUCGCGGAAAUUUAGAUAUUGAGAUAAUGCAAGAGGCGGCUAAUCUCCUCACCGGUUGCCAUGAUUUUCGAAAUUUCUGUAAAAUGGAUGUCAGUAAUGCUGUCGUAGAAUUUGUCAGAGCAAUCAAUAGUAUGAAAAUUUCAAUAUGUAAAAAGGAUACACAAUUCCAAAACGAAGACUAUGACAUCUGCGAAAUCGAAAUCAAAGCAAAAGCUUUUCUUUGGCAUCAAAUUAGGUGCAUUAUGGGCAUUUUAUUCUUGGUCGGAGAAGGCAAAGAAAAUCCUGAGGUUGUGACACAACUCUUAGAUGUUAAGACCCAACCAAGGAAGCCACAAUAUUCUCUCGGUAGAGAUUUUCCACUGAAUUUAUUCUUCACUGAAUACAACGUUUCAAACUGGCAGGUUGAUCAAAGUUCUCUAGCCGAGGUGAUAACGAAUCUACAAGAAAAGUGGAGUGAUUAUAGUAUCAAAUCUUCGAUGAUAGGAGAAAUGAUCAAAGAAUGUCUUUCCCUGAAGACGGAGGGAGAAUCGGUGAGGAGUCAAAGUUGUUGGUUGAUUGAGGGAAAACCUCCUAAGCAGUACACGCCAUUGCUCUCAAGACCCACUUGUGCAAGUCUCGAGAAUAGAAUCGAGCAUUUUGUGAAAAAACGACGGAUAGUAGCGGAAGAACAGACAACUUCUAAUCAUAGCGAGAUCUUGGAAGAAGCACAGAUAUCAGAAAUUACUUCCUUUGAAAGUUAAUAUUUUUGACAUACCUCCAAAGCUAUCAUGCGAGCUAAAUCUCUCAGAUGAUACCGCUGCUUGUAAGGUUCGUCACUCGAUAUGUCCCCAUGAUAACGGUCCCAGCUGCAGCAGUUAUUGGUGUGAUCGGCUACAAUAUUGAAUCAUUGAUAUCGGACAAGUAUACGCCUUUUCAAGCAAGCAUCCAAGAGAAACGACUCGAACGCUUAGCAAAGGACCCAGAAGAU